AUGGAUGGGGAAGAAGUUUGGGAUGGAGAAAAAGAUGGAGAAAUAGUUUGGGAUGGGGAAGAAGUGAAGGAAGGAGAAGAAGUUAAGGAAGAAGAAGAGGUUUUGGAUGGAGAAGAAGUUAAGGGUAAAGAAGAAAGUAUGGAUGGGGAAGAAGUUUGGGAUGGAGAAGAAGUUAAGGAGGGAGAAAUGAUUAUGGAUGGAGAAGAAGUUAUGGACAGAGAAGAUGUUAAAGAAUUAUGGGAUGGAGAAGAAGUUUGGGAUGGAGGAGAUGUUUGGGAUGGAGGAGAAGUUUGGAAUGGAGGAGAAAAAUCGAAGUGUGUAGAAGAAAUUAAGAAAGAAGAAGCUUAG